GGGCGCGGCGGGGCGGAAGGGGAAGUUGGCGCCCGUGGGAGCUGCAGGACCUUGUGGCCGUAGGGGCUUCACUUUAAGUACCGUCUAGGAGAGGACCCUAGCUGUCGCUGCGUAACGGACUUUAGUGCUUCUCCACAGGGAUUCCAGACGGCGACCCGCGGGGGUUCGGCGGUGCGGUCCGUGUGAAGCCACCCCGCAGGCCCGCUGCCCUCUGCUGGGCGUGGGGACGCAGCGCACAGCGACGCAGAGCCCUUUGCCAGGAGCAGACCAAUAGCCCAAGCAAACUUUGUCCUUUUAGCAGCUGAAAGAAAAUUAAGUUCCAGUUUUACAAUUUGACAGUAAGCAGGUCAGUCUCUAGAGGAAAGCUUCACAUAAAGAAAUGGCAAGACGUGUUUUGACGACAUCACCUAUCCCUAUGAAGACAAAAUUGCUACAUCAAAUAGGAUUGUCACUUUAUAAUACCUCUCAUGGCUUCCAUGAGGAAGAAGUGAGAAGAAAACUUGAGCAGUUUCCCGGUGGAUCCGUUGACCUUCAGAAGGAAGACAGUGGCAUUGGCAUUCUUACUCUGAACAAUCCAAGUAAAAUGAAUGCCUUCUCAGGUGUUAUGAUGCUACAACUUCUGGAAAAAGUGAUUGAGUUGGAAAAUUGGACAGAGGGGAAAGGUCUCAUUGUCCGCGGAGCAAAAAAUACUUUCUCCUCAGGAUCUGAUCUGAAUGCUGUGAAAGAACUCGGAACUCCAGAGGAUGGAAUGGCCGUAUGCAUGUUCAUGCAAAACACCUUAACAAGAUUUAUGAGACUUCCUUUAAUAAGUGUUGCACUAGUUCAAGGUCGGGCACUGGGUGGAGGAGCGGAAGUUACUACAGCCUGUGAUUUCAGAUUAAUGACUACCGAGAGUGAGAUCAGAUUUGUCCACAAGGAGAUGGGUAUAAUACCAAGCUGGGGAGGUACUGCCCGGCUAGUUGAAAUAAUUGGCAGUAGACAAGCCCUCAAAGUGUUAAGUGGGGCCCUUAAGCUGGAUUCAAAAAAAGCUUUACAAAUAGGAGUGGUUGAGGAGGUCUUGCAGUCUUCAGAUGAAACCGAAUGUCUCAGAGAGGCACAAGAGUGGCUACAGCAGUUUAUCAAAGGGCCACCAGAAGUAAUUAGAGCUUUGAAAAAAUCUGUUUCUUCAGGCAAAGAGCUUUGUUUAGAGGAGGCAUUACAGACUGAAAGAGAUCUUUUAGGAACAGUUUGGGGUGGACCCGCAAAUUUAGAGGCUAUUGCUAGGAAAGGAAAGUUUAAUAAAUAGUUUUUAAAAAUAUGUACUGCAAGUAAAACUCCAAUGAUUAAUAUGUAUAAAAGUCAAAUGAUAUUAAAUAUGAAUGUCAAAACUA